AUGGUUAUUAAAGGUUGUAAAAAGGAAGAAAUAGGUGCAAAUUUAGUAGGUUACAUUGUAGCCGCUAGAGACGACCUAGGCAAAGGUGUGGCAGGAAUUUCCAGUAUGUUAACAUUGACAAGAAUACACAAUGCUGUAGCUGCAUGUUUAAGUAUGAGAAAAUUAUUAAUGUUAUCUAAAGACUACAGUUUAAAGAGAGAAGCUUUUGGUAAUCGACUGUACAAUUAUCCUUUACAUGUCCAGACGUCGACACUAGCCAGAUUGGAUACUGAAGUGAGAGCUGCCACCUUAUUUGUUUUCCAAGCUGUGUCGCUGUUAAGUAAACAAGAGAGUGGUUUAGCAACUGAAGAUGAAUUACACUUACUAAGAUUACUCACUCCCCUGAUCAAGUUAUACACAGGUAAACAGGCUAUGGCAGCAAGUUCAGAAGGUUUGGAAAGUUUUGGAUGUCAAGGUUAUAGAAAGGAGACUGGGUUACCAAAUUUUCUUAGAGACGCUCAGGUGUUGACUAUAUGGGAAGGAACAACAAAUAUUCUGUCUUUAGAUGUGUUAAGAUGUAUCAGUAAAUCAAAUGGUCAGGCAUUGAUAUCUUUGAAAAAUGAUGUUGACAAUAAACUAUCCAGUACACCUUCAGAGUUAUCGAAAGAAGCAGAGAAGUUACAAAUGGCUUUGAAAUCAGUUUUGCAAUUUAUUACAAAAAAUCAGGAAAAUGUGGAUGUUUUGACUUUUGCUGCCAGAGAUUUGUCUUAUAGUUUGUCUAGAAUAUACAUGGGAACAUUAAUGAUUGAACAUACAGCAAGCUGUGGAAUGUCACCAUUUGAUAUCUAUGCAUGUAAAAGAUGGUGUGAGCAACAAUUAUCUUUAGUAUCUAACCAAGAUCAGUACAGUAAACAAAGCUCUGAUAUGGACAAAGAACUUGUUUAUUGAUGAUGGUCAUUCCCCAGAAAUCUGUUUAUAUAUCUGUGAUAUAAUGAACUUGAUUUUGUUGAUCAUGAUUUAAGGGGAAAUUUGUUUUCCCUGUGUGUGAAAAAUAAUGAUGAAAACAUAUUUUAAUUGACUGUGAUCUAGUUGAAAUUUUUACAAGUAUUGAAGUGUAAAGUCUUUCUUAAAAACAUAAAACUAGUUACUGUAUAACGUUAAAAUAGAUUACAAAUGUGAACAAUAUUAUUGAAUAUAUGUUGCUGAUGAUGUGAAAAUCAUUACUGAAGAUGUAGA